CCUCGGCUCGCAUUGAAUUCCGAUCAUUCGAGGCAUAGGAGCCGAGGCGGCGACUCAUUAUUAGCUUACUGCUCGAUCUCUGUGUAGGGGAGUCAUACUACGGAAAGUGUGUGACGUGCUUGUACUAUCAGAAGGAUGUUGAUCAGAAUCGUAGCAAAUCUCUUCCUCUUCCUUGUGUCGCUCAUCGGGCUCAAUCAAGGAUUCUUGUUGAAGAGGAGCAGUUCGGAUGUCUGCGGUCGUUACCUGCACAGUCGCCGCACUGCUGUCAUCACAUCUCCUUUCUUUCCGAGCAACUAUCCCAACAAUACCGACUGUCUGUGGCGCAUCAGAGCGGCCAAGCGACGGGUCCUAGUCAUCACUAUCACGACGUUGGACACAGAAGAAGGCUACGAUUAUCUCGAGAUCAAACAGGGACGUUGGUACACCAUCUCUCCAUUCGUCGGACGAUACACGGGCAAAGUGAAUCGCACGAUGCAACUCACAUUGAACUCGAACAGCGCGUGGAUACGCUUCAGGUCGGACGAGUUAAUCAAUAGUGUCGGCUUUAGGCUCGUUUACCGAGCAGAACAGAUACGAUGCCCGAGAAUUCCUGCUCCUGCCAACGGAAUGAAGCUCCAUCAGAACAGAACGGUCGGUGGAGUCGUACUAUUCAAGUGUGACGACGGUUACCGGAUGGUCGGCAAGAGAAGAAUCAAGUGUCUCGCAAUAGGAAAGUGGAAUUCAGAAUCACCGAGUUGUGUAGAAUGUGACGGGGAAUCGAAAUCAAAUGGUAAAAAACGUUGUGCAGCUCGCUCUACUUCCAAAGUGUCUCAUUGAUGUCGGACUGGUGGUGUUGACAACAGAUGCCGGACGGAUCAAUAGGCAGUCGAGAUAUAGUGAAUGUUUACGUACAAGAGGCCGCGUUGGCGAGUUGAUGCUCCUUCAUAUCUGGAUAUCCGCUCGGCACAAAUGACGCAAGUUAUACAGUAGAGAUUUGUGUAGUAAUUCUGUUCUGCCCAUGUACAGUAGAGGACCGGUAUACGGACACUCCGUCCGUGACAAUGUCAUGGAUUUUGUAUAAACGUACGUAAGAAGACGGAAUAAGAUACUUUUGACAAGCAGCCCUAUACUGGCGGUUUGAUAAUAAUAAUAAUAUUGUGUUAGCUAACCGUUACUAGUCACUAUAGAAGUGAAAACAAGUAGAUCAACCACAAGUUAGAG